AUGGCAUUCCCACUCUCUGAUUUGCCCAACGAAAUCAUUCUUGCGAUAGCCAAGGAGCUGCAUUCAGAGGGCGCGAUCAAUGCCUUGGCUCGAACCAGCCGCCAUCUCUACUCUUUGCUCAAUCCCUUCUUAUACCAAUACCAUGAGCACCCGAAGAUUCCCGCUCUGCACUGGGCAGCCCAGGGAGGGUAUGCAUCUACCCUCAUCAGCCUACUGGACGCAGGGGUUGAUCUUUACGCAUCCUCGAUCUGGUUUCCAGAUCAAACACACAAACUUACUCACCAUCCGCUCAUGACUGCUAUAUGGAACGGUCAUUUAAGCAUUGUCGAGCUCCUUUUGGAUCGAGGUGGCAUGUGCGAGAGAUUAAAGGAAGAAGAUUACGAGUUGCCGCUGAAUCGAGCUAUAUGGCACGGUCAUAUUCCCAUAUUGCAAUUUUUUCUGCAGAGAGGGGUGAACCCCUGGCAUACCCGUAAAAUGGACCCAGCUCUUGUUGCCGCCGUGCGCCGGGGCUGUCCAGAGAUGCUUAAGCUCCUGCUGCGGGACGCUGAGCAUCGACAACUUCUUGACCCUUCCCAGCGACUCCAAGAGCUCGGACAUGCACUCUGGGUCGCUGGCCACCAUGGCAACGACGAGCUAAUUGACUUGCUGUUGGCGGAAGGUGCUGAUGUGAAUUUCCGGUGGGAUGGCACAACUUCGCUAGAUAGCGCAGUGAUCAACGAUCAUUACUCCACCGCGAAAAUUCUCCUUCAAGCUGGGGCCGAUCCGAAGAGAGUGGAUCGCGAUGGCAUAGGACCCCUCUCGCGGGCUACAAAGCCAAGUGAAGCGAUCUGGUUGCUACAGGGCACUCGGCGCUACAUGAACCCUCGAGACCCCAGUCACCUAGUKGUCCCAUAUCCACAAGUUGUCAGAGAUGAAUUGGUAGCUAUGACUCGUCUUCUUCUUGAUUAUGGUGCGGAUGCUGCUGGGCCUGAUGGUGCUACAGCACUGCGGAUCGCCAUGCGCACGAAAAAUCCCGAGCUCACCAACUUGCUCUUGGUGCACGGGGCUCGUGUUUUAGGAAUCAAUCGAACCACCUAUGGGGCCAGCGAAGAAAACAAUUAUUGGGUAUGA